CAGUCAAUUCUGUCAUGGGUGAGGUCACCAGCAAGAACAUUUAAGGCAUUCGUUUCUGCACGGGUUCAGGAGAUUCAGGAUGUUCUUAUUUUCUGAUGAACUUAGAUACGUUCCGUCGAAUCUCAACCCAGCCGAUGCGCUAACUAAGCCGAUGCUGCCGAGUGAACUGCAAGAGUGGAUCCGUGGUCCUGAAUUUCUUCGCCAAAAUAGAGAGAGUUGGCCUUGCUGUGAACCUGAUUACGACACUGAGGCUAAACGUCGUAUAGUGAAGGAGUUUGCACCCGAUGCCCUUCGAAAAAUUAAUUGCGUUUCCACCUUACAAGAGACAUUUGAAGAACGUCUGUGUUCAUCGACUUCGGAUUGGAAUCUUCUUUUUCGCCGUAUCGCCUAUUGUCGCCGUUUCCUUAUCAAGAAGGAAUGUAGACCUAAAUCUUUUGCUUUAACACUAGUUGAGAUACAACAAGCGGAGCACGCAUUAUUUUAUGUAAGCCAAAGUUUCUGGGCGGAAAAUGAAACUGAUGUUUUGACUACCAGAAAAUUUAAUCCAAAAAUCGAUAGAAAGGCCUUAGUCCGAGUUGAAGGAAGGCUCCGGAAACUCAAAAUUCCAGAAGAACAAAAAUGUCCUGUUCUUCUUCGCAGAGGUUCACUCCUCGCACAUCUUUUAAGCCAUCACAUACACAGGAGCUGUGGCCAUCAAGGUUAUAGAGUAGCGGUUGCGUACGCAUUUAAACAGGGGAUAUACAUCUUGGGAGGAGCUAAACUAUUUAAAGAAGUAGCCGCAGAGUGCUUGUACUGCCGAACCAGACGCAGAUAUUUACUGACUCAGCAAAUGGGAGAACGCAAGGUCGACAGUGAAAGGAUCAAAUGUUGUAAAAGAAAGACCAAUACACAAAAUGUGCUUGACAGCUACAGUAGGAGAACUGGAACAUGCUUUUCAUUCUAAUGAGGACACUGAAAAGAACUUUAAUAUUUAUUUAAUCUAUAGAUUGUUUGAAAUCCCGUGUUUUCCGUGGUUCAUGUUCACUCCCCACUAGGCGGGAGUAUUACGAGAUUUCUUAUUAUUUUGUGCGCAUGUUGCGCUCCAUAAGAUCAAAGAGUAUUGAUAAGAUAAACAAGGCAGACAGAAGUCAGUCAGUACGUAGGCUAGCCUACAGUGUGUUAGGUGCUAAACAAUAUUUAUAAAUUAGUACUUUACCUCUGCGACGCCGUUUCACUCAUUUAUUAUUCGUCUCCGGACAUAUUUUGACAUUGGAAGACUCCGUGAGUUACUGUGUUUAUUUGAGUUUUAUGUUGUUAUUGUUUUAAAGAAGUUUAUUAAGUUAACCUAGGCCUAGGCCCAGAAUGAGAAGAGAUGAUCGUUGCCUGGAGGCGACGUGCGGUUGAUAUGAAGAAGUAUGGUGCGCCUCUGAUGACAAAAUUAUUGAGGCGAUACUUUGCUGUUGCGCUUUCAUUGAUUAUUGUACCAGAAACAAUAAUUGAAACGUUGAUUUGUUAUCUUUGUAGGCCAUAAUGUUAACGUGGCAGCUUUGAAUUGUAGUAUUGCUUAAUUGCUUUUUAUUUAAUAGUUGUUUAUUUGUUUUGUUGUAGACUUUACCGUCAUCGUAAUAAAGGUCAAAGUUGUCUUAAUACAGUGUCUUCGUCUGUUGUCCGGAUUACCCAUCAACAACUGCAUUAUUUAAUGGAGGCUUCAGCAAACAAACCCAACAACUGUAUUGCUCAAUUGAUGCUUGGACCAACCAACAACUACAUUACUCAAUGGUAUUUUAAAGUGACUAACAACUGUAUUACACGAAAAGAUAGUAUAAUACAUACUCUUAGUAUCGAAAUGCACGCCAUCGUGUCGGGAUUCAAUAUUUCGACAUUAAUUAUGUCAUCGUCAGGAAUGAAUGUAUUACACAGUAAAUGCUUUAAGAAUCCAACAACUGUAUUUUUCAAUGGGUGCUUGAACCAACUAACAAUUUUCGUUAUUAAUGGGUACUUCAUCAAACCAACACAACAACUGUAUUGUUGAAUUGUUAUAUUCAGUGGAUGUUAGAAGCAACCAACAACUGUAUUGUUCAUUGAAUGCUAGAACCAACUAACAACUGCAUUACUCAAUGAAUACUUGAACCAAUCAACAACUGUAUUAUUGAAUGGAUGCCUGAAACAACCAACAGUUGUAUUAAUUUUUGAAUGCUUGGAUCAACCAACAACUGUAUUACUCAGUAAAUUCUUUAACCAACCAACAACUGUAUUAUUCAAGGAGUGCUUGAACCAAGCAACAACUCUCUAAUCCAGUCGAUGCUUCAUCAAACUAACCCAAUAAAUGUAUUCUUCAAUGGAUGCUUGGACCAACCAACAACUGCAUUAUUCAAUGGAUAUUAAACCAAGCAACAACUGUAUUACACAGUAAAUGCUUCAACAAACCAACAACUGUAUUAUUCAAUGAGCGCUUGAACUAACCAACAAAUGUCUUAUUCAGUAAGAUGAUUCCGCAAACCAACCCAACAACUGUAUUAUUAAAUUAAUGCUUGGACCCACCAACAACUGUAUUAUUCAAUUAAUGCUAGAACCAACUAAGAACUGCAUUACUCAAUGGGUGCUUGAACCAACAAACCAACAACUGUAUUACUCAAUGAAUACUUGAAUUAAUCAACAACUCUGUUAUUGAAUGGAUGCCUGAACCAAACAACAGUUGUAUUAAUUUUUGAAUGCUUGGAUCAAACAACAAAUUUUUUACUACAGGAUGAAGUUCUUCACCAUGUCUUAAUUGUCCUAAUACUCCUCAGGUGCAAAUGGUUUACAAGACCUAUGACAAAUGUAAGUGCCUAAAAUGAUGCCCUACUACUACACAUAGCAUAACUAAUUUACACUAUACCCUAUACUAAUAAAAUACUGUAGUACACCAAUUACUGCAUUAAUCAGUGAUUGCAUAAAACAACAAUUCCAAUACAACUAAAUGAUAUGACCAUUACUGAUCUUUAGUAUUAGUACAGGUUGUAGUUCUUCAUUAUGUCAUUAUGUUAUCUAUUAUGCUCUCCAAGUUCAACUGGUUUCCAAGAUGCCACUAGCUGUGACAAAUCCUACCAUGCUACCCUAUUACUAACACAUGACACAAUUAAUCACACUAGUACCAUCUACUUGCUAAAUCAUCAACUCUGCAUUAAUUAAUGGAUCAAUG